AUGUAAAAAAUUCUUAAAUAUCCAUUUACACAUUUGAAUAAAUAAUAGCCAUUUUUUACUAAAACAAAAAUAGGAUUAGGUUUAGGAGCGGGUUUCUCAUAUAUUCUGUAUAGAUAAGGGAGAGAAAGAUAUCAGUAAAUGCAUUUUUCGUCUAUGUACAAUCAGAUUCCUGACACUGAAGUAAUUCACAUAUUUAAAUAAGGCACUCACAUAAGAAUACUUUGGAGAAAAGAAUUCUAAUAAACUUACUUUAUUCUAGAGAAUAAUAUAAAGUUUAAGAAGAAAGAUUAGAUUUUUACAUUUGUUGCUAAAAUUUGCCCCUUUGGCUAUUGCUUUACCAUUUUCAUUAAUGUUUAAGUCUUUUUUAUUUCCAUAUUGGCUUAAAUACUUAGUUUAUACACUUUAAUCUGCAGGUCCAUUAUGGAUAAAAUUAGGAUAAUGGGCUAGUCAUAGAGGUGAUAUAUUUGGGGAAUAAAUUAUUAAAGCUUUAGAAUCAUUAAGAGAUGAUACUCGUCCUCAUUCUAUAGAAAAGACUAAUUAAUAAUUUGAGUAAGCUUUUAAUAAGAAAAUUAAAGAUGUUUUUGAAGAAUUUGAAGAUAAACCAAUAGCUUCAGCUUCAAUAGCUUAAGUUCAUAGAGCAAAAUUAAAUGGAGAAUAUGUUGCUCUUAAAGUAAGACAUCCUGACAUUAUAGAUAAUUUAGUUAUGGAUAUAAGAAUUUUAUAUAAGAUUGCUAAUUUUUUUAGUGAAACAUUAAAAAUUAAAUAGUUAGGAAUGCCUAUUACAUUUGAAGAAUUUUAAAAAACUCUUGUGAAUUAGACAGAUUUAAGAUUUGAAGGUAGAAAUUUAAAAGUUUUUUGUGAAAAAUUUCAUAAUAACCCUCAUGUUGUAUUUCCAAGACCUAUUGAAGAAUACAUUUCAGCAGAUAUAUUAACUGAAACAUAUGAGGAUGCUAUACCUUUAACAUAAUUUUUAAAGUAAGAAAGAACAUAAGAACAUUUAUCAUUAGCCAAUUUAGGUCUGAAAGCAUUUUAUAAAAUGUUAAUAUAUGAUAAUUUUAUUCAUGCAGAUUGUCAUGCAGGCAAUAUAAUGGUAAGAAUUAAAGAUUUUCAUACUCCUACUAAUUUUAAAGAAAGAAUAUAAUAAAAAUUAUGGAAUCUUUAAGAUUCUGUAUAUGAAAUUGUAGAUGAUUUAAUUGAGAAAGGUUUAACAAAAAUAGCAGAAUAUUAGACAUCUUAGACAAUGGAUUAAGGAAAUGUAUAUUAAUUAAUUAUAUAUAGAUGUUAAAAUUAAAAUAGGAAAAAAAAUCAGAUGAAAAAUUGUUUCAUUCAUUUUUGAGAGGUUAAGGGGAAAAAAGAAAGGAUGUUUAGAUUAUAUUUUUAGAUCCAGGAAUGGUAACAAUUUUAAAUAAAAGUGAUCGUGCAUCUUUUAUAAAAUUAGUAAUGUUUGUAACAUUGAGAAAACCUUAUGAAUGUGGAAGAUUGAUGUUGUAAUUAGCCUAAUACAAUCAAAGAUAGAUUGAACAAAAAGUAUAAGAUAAAUUUAUGAAAGAAAUGUAAGAUUUAUUUACAAAUGUUUGUAAAGUCCCUUUAGCUUAAAUGAAUAUAGGAUAAGUUUUGAGAUCAAUGUUAGAAAUUUUAAGAGCAAAUGGAAUGUCAAUUGAAGGUCAUUUCGCAGCACUUCUAACAAAUAUGAUUGUAUUAGAAGGUUUGGCAAAAGAUUUAGAUCCAGAUUUAAACAUAGUAGCAAAAGCAGCAUCUUUUAUAAUUCAUAUAAGAACAAUAGAUAAAACUAUUGAUGAAAUCAUUUAAUAAGCAUUGUGA